CAAUGGGUAGAUAAUGCGAAUGUUUGUGGGAUUGCACUACUGAUGGAGUCAGGGGUAAUAAUGCUUGCAAAACCUGAACAAGCCGUUAGAUGAAUGGCAGGCACUGGAUUCCAAGGGAACGCUGCCCAACGCUUCACAGCAGACGGAGCCCCAUACAGCCAAACAUAGGAUUACAGAGGGAGAGGAAAACCAGGUUAAUCUGUUGCCUGAGCAACAUGUUUCAAUGCCAAACUAUCAACAGAACAUUCAGAAUGCCAAAACAGCAAAUAAAUCACUGCUGACAAGCGAAUUAAUGAAAGAAAUGGGAGGAAGGGCCGAACCCACGCUGCUUGGACGCGGGCACCGUUUGUAAAUCAUGCGCUUUUUUAUUGUGUUUCGUGGCUCCUUGAGAGGCAGGGCGAGUUAUGCUGAAAUUUCGUUUAAUGCUAGGAAUAGAUUUCGGCCGGUUUACCCGGGGCAGGGCAGCACAAACAUUGGUAACUAGGGCCUGAUUUAUUUUGAAUGGGUUGGGAUUGAGUGUAAGGGAUGAGCCGAAAAGAAGUGCCUUCAGCAGGAGACGCUGGUGGGAAAAGCAGACGCUCCAAAGGAUUGCAGAGGAGCGAUAGGACUAAUGUCUUUCAACGACUCUUGGACAAGAGAGCCAUAUCAAGCUCUAAAGAGGAAACGAAGUCACUUCUCCACAGAUUAAUCCUUCUGUCUAAAAUACACCCCGACUUGGCUGACAAAAGAGAACUGGGAGGAUACUAUACAACCUUGUUGCAGAAACUCCAGCGUCGUCAUCAAGGGGAUAUGAUCACAGGACUUCUGAUGCUGUAUCCUAACUAUGUUAUUCAUGCGGUAGAGUCUUCUAGUGAUGUGUUAUAUUCAGUGAUCCAGGAUCUGAGCGACAUGAAGAAACAACAAGAAAGACCUUUGCUUUUGGAGUCCAAAGUCCUGGUGAUGUCUCAUGAUGUUCCUAGCAGACUGUUCCAGCAGUGGGAGUAUAAGAUCGUGAAUGUCUUGGCAAAACGACUGGAUGAUAAUUUGCAAAGGGAGCCAAUAGAAAAGAUCAUCAGUGAAAGCCUCACCUUGCUUCUUAAACUUGGAAUGCGGAUACAGAAAGUGUACAAGGAAUCCCCCAAGAAUCCAAACGAUUCUGUGCUGGAUGAUGCCCCCGAACUGAUUAUUCCUCAGAAUCUCAUUGCUCGUCUUGUGGAAUCUAGGGAUCUUUUAACUCCUGCCCAAUUUCUGCACAAUUACAGUGCUCCAUUACAGAGAGCAAUGGACUCGGAACUUGUAUGGCCAACACCAGAGCCUUUACUACCUGCCAAAAGAAAGUAAUGGAGCUUGUGAAAAUAUGGGCACUUUCCUCAUUCACAGAAAAAGUGAUAUUUAAGUUUUGUUUUAUGAUAGUGUUCUCAAGAAAUGCAAUGUAUUCCAAGAAUUGUUAUGAAAAGAAAAUUAAGAUAAUAUUGGCUGUAAUGUAAACAUAUUUGUAGAGAUUUUAUGAUUGCUAACAUUUAGAGGCAUUUAAGAACUAUUAAAUUUGAUAUCAAUAAGUUAAAGAAAAAUAUUUUAGAAGUUCAUAAAAGUAAAAUUAAUCAAGAGCAUCAAGAAUCAAGAUUUCUGGUAAAGAUGUUGCCUGCGUACUAUACUGGACAUCCUAAUAGAUCAUAACACCAUAUAUUUCAUUUGUUUUGCAUCUUGAUUGUAAUUCUGGAGCUGUUGGAGCCUGUAAUUUGCAGUUUGGAGAUUGCCUGGGUGUUCCAGCACUCUUCAGUCUCGGAGAGGGUUCUGCGAGGCAGAGCUGGUGAGCACGGGCAGGCUGCGGGACGUGGCAAGGUCUGAUCUUUGACUCCAUUUUGCCAAUUAAAACUUCCAUUGUUCGCCUUUAAAAGCAAUAAGGGAGAUUGAAGCAAGAGGUGUAUGGAGACUUUUGGAGAUCGUUUAGGUGCUUCAGCACUCUGCAGUCUCCGAGAGGUAUCCAGGAGACAGAGGCACCAUGCGUGAACUUCAUGGCAAGAAGGCUGCGGGACGGGGUGCAAGCCAUCGUUCCUCUCCAUUUCACCGAUUAUAGCUUUCACUGUUGCCCGAUCAAAGCAACGAUGGAGUUUGAAACAUCGAGGCGAAUGUGGAGGGUCAGUGCUGGCUGCGUGCCUUUUGACUACUGGAAUUUCCUCUGCACCUUGAGAGGAGAGAGCCUGCCACUGUGCUCAGAGAGUGUUGCCCAGGUUUUCUGCAUUUUGGAUGUGGACUUGGACUAUAGACUUUUUCAGUGUUACAGAUUUUGUAUUCUCUGGUUUUCAGCUGAACUUUUUCAUUUUUUUGUGUGUGCAGGUGGGGAUUUGGGGGCUGCUGUGCCUGUUCCAUUUUUGUUUGGACUUUUUGUGCAGGGUUGGAGGGAUUUGGUGGUUGAUGAUUCUUUUUCUUUCUUGGUUUUGUGGCUAUCCAGAGUAGAAGAAUUUCAGAGUUGUACUGUUUGGUAAUAAAUGAACCUUCGAACAUGAAAUCACAUAUAAAUCAUUAAAGAUAUUAAAUUAAGAACAAAAAAUUACUUAUCUUCCUAUUUGGCAGUAAAGAACUACAUUCAAAUGAGUGGUUUUGGCAAUCACACGCUAGGUCAAAUCAGACACAAGUUCAAAGAGAUUCAUUACCCUGUGUAUUGCUCUGGAUUCUCUUCAAGGCUAAGCUACACUAUUGGGCUCUGUUUACAGGCAAGCAACAGAGUGGAGUGAGAGAUAUGGCCUGAAGCAGAAAUACAAAUCUCCCAGGCCAGCAUUUAGCACUUGGUUCAUUGAGGACAUUUUGCUGGUUUUCAUAUUUAAAGUUUGUUGCCUCCCAAAGACCCUGUUUUUGUAACUGCACAGCAUGAGCUAAAGCUACUGAUUGAUCUCCAGUCACUUUUGUGCAUGUCUUCCAGGUAUGCCAACAUUCCUCCAUUCUUCAGGAAAACCAAUUUUUGUACUAUGAAAUUGUAAUUCCUUCAUGGCACCUUGCCAUAUAUUGGAAGGUUAUCUUAUAGAUGCUUUAUAAGUUAUCAUUUUCAUCAACACUGUAGGUUACUAGCCAUUCUCUCUACCCUCCAUCUGUCGACGAUCGGCACACCAAGGUGAGAUUACACAGCACGACUGAAAUAAUUGAAUGCUUACACUACUCACAUGGAAUUGUCCACUUUUUUUUACAUUAUUAGUUACCUUAUCUAAACCACUCUGCUAAAAAUAGCAAAGGCUGGUGGGGGAAUUAUGUGAUCUUUCUGGAUAGAUGGAUUAGGAAGAUAUUCCUAUUGAACCGUAUUUGAUUUGCCUUGAAAGAGAGGAGUGAAGCAAUAAAGGCAUUUAGGCAUACAAAUUUUAAACAAGUAGUGUUGGGAUCAAAUGAGGCAUGAAGCCACACAAUUAUUGAUUUCUUCUUCUUCUUAAGGUCAUCAUCCUUACUGAGCCAUAGGCACCUGACAGCAGCUCAGCAGACUCCUCUGUCCUGGGCCAACUGAGGAUUGGUUGGCCCUGUGGCUUCAGCUUUCACCAUGUAACUUCAUAUGUCUUCCAGGUGAAGAUCUUUCCUCUCUUAGGAAUGAGACCUUCAAAGCUUCUGUUGGCAUCUUACAGGAUGGGGAUGCAGCCCCAUGCCUAACCCUCCUGUUGCAGCCGGGCUUGGAACUGUCCACGGUGGGAUUUAGACUUUGAAAAUGUAUUUAGGCUAAACUUGCAUUAAGAUGUUAAACCAAAGUGGUU